ACAGGUGAGCAAGCGUUAGUGUUAAGGUUUAAAAGACAGCUCUGUAAACAUCGAAUGAAGCGAGAAGCAGUCCAAGAUGAGCAUCCCCACUCUCCUCGCUCUCAGCGUCCUCCUGUCGACCACAGAUUCGACCCAGUACAUGUACCGCCUCACUAAAUACAUGGACCCUCCCACCAGCCAAACGCGCUUUUACCACGUAGGGCCGGCAUUUCCUUACCCUCAGCUGAACUACCUGUGUAAGGGCAAGGACGGGGUGAUGUUUCUACUGCCCUGGGCCUGUACGGGGUAUGUCCGAUGUGUUGGAGAUUCAGCCUACUGGAGCAGGUGCCCGGUGGAUGCUAGAACCGUUACUGGUUUGCGGGAACCAAUCUGUGUGAUGGACAGCACGGAGUGUAAGAAACAGGAGAAAGUUCGCUGGAAUGAGUUCUGUCGCCUGACCGCAAGAGGGCGCUAUCCCUCCACCCUAAGCUGCGCCUCGUUCUAUGACUGCAGUGGGGGUGCUCAGGGGUUGAAGGGGGAGUGCCCCUACCCCAGCCUCUUCAACCCAACAUCCGGGCUCUGCGAGGACUUCCGGUCUGCAGAGAAACAUUGUCACGGGAGGCCAGUGCCGAAAGCCCCAUGCGACUACCAAGCUCUCAACAUCACAUGCACAGAUCUACACUGUCUGCCCUGUUCGGAGCUACGGCCAUCUUGUGUUGGUAAACCGAAUGGGAACCACGCUCUGCCAAACCGGAUCAACUACCCUUGGUACCUCAGAUGCGAGAGAGAAAGAACUAUGGGUGUAUUGAAAUGUGAUGAAGGGAUGUUUUUCUCAUCCUUCUGUUCUCGGUGUAUACCCUUCGGUACAACAACGUGUUAUUAUUAUUAUUACUAGACACUGUGUGCGAGCAGAGAAAAAACCCUGAAAUCCGAAUGUGAGCGUAUUGCACUUAACUGUAUGCCAGAUGCACUGUGGACUUAGUGAAUCGUUUAAUGACAAUACUUUUUCAAAAACUACUACUACUACUACUACUACUACUACUACUACUACUACUAACUUAAAAAAAACCCCAUCAAUUAAAAGUUUCGUUGUUUAACGCCGCAUUCAACAAUAUUUCAGCUAUAUGACGG